UUUAGGACCAUGGGGGAAGGGUGUGCGUAUGUGUGCGCGCGUCCGCCGCAGCCCAGCCCAGUCUAUUCUUCUCCUGACGUCCUUCCUUCAUGCCAGUGUCACACGCAACCGAGGAUGUAGGUUUUACAGACACUGUACAGUUUCUAUUUGAUACUGUUUGGGUUCAUUGAUAUACUCUCGUUUCUUCGAUAAGGACAGUCGCAUUGUUUGCCUUCUUAAACCCGACAGGACUGAACUCGAGACACCUUUAAUAUUUCAUACUGAACCCGUUUUUGUGGCGUUUUAUUUAUUUAAUACAUCUCGUUCCUGAAAAUGCACACAGAUGACUCUUUGAAGGAGACACUGCGUUCGUGGGAGUGGUUUAUUUUUCUCUGGACAACCCCGACUCAUUGAAAAAAUUGAAGGGUUUCAGGAACCAGGUUGUUUUCUUGUUAAUCUUUUUCUUCCUGAUCUGCUUUUGUUUUUUUAUCUCUCCGUCUCUUGCUCUACAAUAUCACGCUUUUUGGUGGACCCCAACAGAGACGAAACUGUUCAUAGACUAUACAGUGUGGAAGUGGUAUGAGGACACUUGGAUGGGGGACAUUUGGAGAAAAUGACCUAUUGUUCACCACAAACAUGAGCAUCGUAUAGCGUUAUACAGUACAUUCAGCCUCGUUCGCUAGCCAUUUAAUGAACUUAAUCGACAAUGAGGAUUGCUUGAAGAGAUCGCUCCAGCAUUACUGCUGUUGGAGAGGUCAGCGGUAGCCUCGCGAUACGGGCUCGGCUGCAGGGCUGUCCGUGACGACUGUUUCUUGUCCUGGUGCUGAUUAAACACACACACGGACCGGUAUCACUGAAGUAAAUCCACCGCUGCUGCUGUAGGCACGAUGUCCUCUCGUGCAACGCUACAGCCCGGGAACGACAGGAACGCAGACCACCAUGCAUCUCUCACGGGCAGUCGUUCAGAGAAGGGAUGGUCGACUCGAUCGCUCGGGGCCCGAUGCCGAAAUUCCAUCGCAUCCUGCACGGAUGAACAACCUCACAUUGGCAACUAUCGGCUGCUCAAGACCAUCGGCAAAGGCAAUUUCGCCAAAGUCAAGUUGGCGCGCCAUAUCUUGACCGGGAGGGAGGUUGCAAUAAAAAUCAUUGACAAAACCCAACUUAACCCUACGAGUCUACAGAAGCUCUUUCGAGAGGUACGGAUCAUGAAGGGCCUCAACCACCCAAACAUAGUUCAGCUCUUUGAAGUGAUUGAGACCGAGAAAACACUCUACCUUAUUAUGGAGUACGCAAGUGGAGGCGAAGUAUUUGACUACCUCGUAUCUCAUGGGAGAAUGAAGGAAAAGGAGGCACGUGCUAAAUUCCGGCAGAUUGUGUCUGCAGUUCAUUACUGUCAUCAAAAGAAUAUCGUUCACAGGGACCUAAAGGCGGAGAACCUCCUCCUUGAUGCAGACUCCAACAUCAAGAUUGCUGACUUUGGCUUUAGUAAUGAAUUUACGCUGGGCAGUAAGCUGGACACGUUUUGUGGCAGUCCGCCCUACGCCGCUCCCGAGCUCUUUCAAGGGAAGAAGUAUGAUGGGCCAGAAGUGGACAUCUGGAGUCUGGGGGUUAUUCUUUACACGCUGGUCAGCGGAUCCCUGCCCUUUGAUGGACAAAACCUCAAGGAACUGCGUGAGCGCGUGUUAAGGGGGAAAUACCGUGUACCGUUUUACAUGUCUACCGACUGUGAAGGCAUCCUGCGGAAGUUUCUCGUGCUCAACCCCACCAAGCGCUGCACCCUGGAGCAAAUCAUGAAAGAUAAAUGGUUAAACGUUGGGUACGACGGGGAUGAGCUGAAGCCACAUCUGGAGCCUGUGGAGGGCUAUAAUGACUCCAGCCGUAUAGAUGUAAUGGUAGGAAUGGGUUACACCCGUGAUGAGAUAAAAGACGCACUCACUACGCAAAAGUACAAUGAGAUAUUUGCCACGUACCUGCUGCUAGGCCGCAAGAACGAGGAUGGUUUGGAGUCUCGGUCAAGCAGCAGUCUCUCUCUAGCACGGGUUCGACCCAGCACCAUCACAAACGGCACCAGCAAACACUCGUCCACCUCCUCGUCCAGCUCCACCUCUGCCUCCACACACGCUAAACCCCAACGCAGUGCUUCUACCUACCACCGGCAGAGGAGGCACAGUGACUUCUGUGGGCCAUCAGUGCCAGUAGCCCACCCCAAGCGCAGCCCCACCACUGCAGGCGAGGGAGAUCUGAAGGAGGAGCGUCUGCCCUCACGUAAGACCAGCGGCAGUGUGGUGGGCAGUCGUAGUAUCCCUCCGUCCAGUCCUAUGGUCAGUGCAGCUAAUAACCCCAACAAGGCAGAGAUCCCAGACCGCCGCAAAGAUGUCAAUGUAACGACGAACAACAUCCCUUCUAGUGCCAUGACUCGUAGAAACACAUAUGUAUGUACAGACCGCACCAGCACAGACAGACACAACUUACUGCAAAAUGGGAAGGAAAACAGCUCCUUGUCACAUCGAAUACCUCCAGCCUCCCCAUCCACCCACAGUAUCUCUGGAGCAGGGGCGUCUAGCUCUGUAUCUUCUGAGCGCUCUCGCCUGACGAGGGGCACAACCAUUCGUAGCACCUUUCACGGAGGUCAGCUACGGGACCAUCGGGCCUCCAGCCACGCGCCACCGACCUCACCCACCCUGUCCCACGAAGCCAGCCCUCUGCCACACUCACGCAGCCGGGCGACAACCAACCUGUUCUCCAAGCUGACCUCCAAACUCACACGCAGGGUCAAUCUUGACCCGUCUAAGCGCCAGAGCUCAAACAAGUCCGUCUCGGGCUGCACUCUGCCACAGGGAUCAAAAACAGUUAGGUCACAGACGAACCUGAGAGAGUCUGCAGAUCUCCGGUCACAAGAAAACAAGCAAACACCUCAAACAGAAGGAAAACUGAAAAUAGCUACAGACACAACUACAAAAAAUCUAACUAAAAACAACAGUCGCUAUCUAUCUGGGUAUCAAAAAGCGUCAGAGCCCCGGACCCCCCGAUGCGGCUGGGAUGUGAAGGUACGGAGCCCCAGGGACCCGGCCGAGGUGGUGCUGGCUCUCCGGGAGGCAGCUCAGGGGUGCGGCUGCCAGGUUCACCAGGCCGGGCCCUUCCUCCUGUCCUGCACCCACGGAGCCGCUGGUUCCCGCGUUGCCUUUGAAGCUGAGGUGUGCCAGCUGCCCAACGGCCCCGCCGAGACCAGCGGGGUUCGAUUUAAGCGCCUAUGGGGGGCGCCGCUUGCCUUUCGGGACAUCGCCACCAAAGUGUCCAAAGAACUUGAACUCUGAUGGAAAGAGGGGGUGGAGGGCACAGACAGAAUGAACAUGGGACAGAAAUUUGGAAUGAGCUUUAAAGGAACUAGCCCCGCCCCCUCUACACCUAUAAAGACUGGGACGAACACAGACACACAGGCAUUAAGUGCUGGCCACCUGCUCACACAAAAACCCUACUGAGGGAACUCUCCAACCAGGUCUUUUACCAUUGAUUUAACCUGGUGUCUUAGCCAUGUUGUUGUUUUUUUAACUCCAGGCAUUUGUUCAUUGUCAUUCCUAUUCAACUGCUGCUAUUUAACUCAUUUUUAAUGUAUAUCCUUCUGCACCUGCAAGGAGAGUAUGCUUUAUCUUUAUUUUUUAUCCUUGUUUAAAUAACCACAUUCACACAACAUGCAAUGAUGUUUAAAAGAGUUGAAAGUGAUAGCAAUUUCUCCUGACAGGUUUAUAUGAUAUGGUCUUUUAUCAGUUAUUUAAGUAACUUGCCAGUGAUGCCGAUUGAUUAGGUGAUGUUUGCUUUUCUGAGCCUCUUAUUUUAGUCCUUGAGUUGCCUGCAUCUCGGCAGGCCCAUAUUACAUGGUCGAACCGUAGCACUUUAGGGCUGAGUGAGCGAUAUCACCUGUUUGAAAGCAGUUCUCCCUUCUAAUGGUGCAAUUUACCUGUUGAGCCAAGUCACAACGCUCUUUGUUUUGCUCUCGGAUGUGUUUUGCUGAUAGAAACCUCUGUAAUUUUGCCAGAAGUGCACUCUGCUGACCGGCCGCAAACAGACUGUUGACUUUAUCUCCGUUUGGACGUAGUGACUCUUUAUCUUCAAGAUUGUAAAAUGUCUGAGCUGUGCAAUCUGAAAAAAGCAAGAAUGAUAAAUACAUUUGUCUAAAAAUCCAGCAAUGUGUUUGUCUUGUUUAUUGUAGGCUUGCGUGACAAAUAUUUUUUAAUGUGUAUUUUACAUUGCAUUAGCUUUAAAACUGCUAUGAAAUUUUCAUUUGUGUAUUCCGUUAAAAAUGAAAAGAUGCCUGCAUACAGGAAAUAAAUAUUGUGAUGUAUUACAUGAAAGAAGA